AUGGCGUACAAUCGUGCUUUCGCCUUGCAGCAUCGAGGUCUUAUUGGUGGUGUUGUAAGCGGUGUCGAUGGUAUUCUGGGAGGCAACAACGGUGCAUCUACAUCUUCCACUAGUGACCCGUUGGGCCUCGGAGGGUUGACCAGCGCUUUGUCUCCGCUCUUCCCAACGGGAGCACAGUCAACCUCUACCAGCUCAACUAUCCUUUUAACGGACUCGUCAAGUAGCAGUGCGACCCCCACUUCGGCGUCCUCGUCUUCCACGAGUUCUUCCACAACAUUGCAAUCGACAGUCUCAACGACAUCUGCGACGACGUCCUCGACAUCGACAUCGUCUUCCGCGUCGUCUUCGGCUGCUCGCUCGACAUCGACAAACUCGAACAGUUCUACGAGUGCUCCUACAUUGACGAACACACUUUCCCCUACACUUUCUGCUCAUUCAUCCUCUACAACCCAUUCCUCCUCUUCCUCGUCUCCUUCCCCGUCUACCUCAUCCGCCACGUUGCCAGCAUCUUCACCUCAGGGAUUUCUUCAGAACAAAGCUCUCAGUGUCGGCGUUAUUACGGCGUCCUCUCUUGUCGCACUGAUCUUAAUUGUUGUCCUCGCAACGUGGGCAAUUCGGAGGCGAAGUCGCAACAAGCUGCACGACGAGGCCGUUGACUGGACCCCAUUUCCCUCAUCGGAUGAGCUGCCCGGCAGGGCCGAUGUAGAGCAGGGGGGUAACGAUGGAACUGGCCUUCCCGGGGAGGGCCGCAGAGGCUCUCGUGGAAGCGGGCUCACUUCAGGCUCGCAGACGAUAGCCCCGGCGGAGUCGUCCAGCGCACAGAAGAAUGCACAUGCACAAGGCCCGGAUAUGUAUGAGCGGACAGGAUACCCCGCUCUUCCCGUAUUCGUCCCUGCGCCGACUACUCCCCAAGCGACGUAUGCGAACCAGCCAUAUUCCAAUCCAGUUCAAAACGUCGCUGAUCUCGGACCCUACCCCUCUUUCGACCCGCGUGCUGGCCCGAGCGCAUACAACCCUAAAGCGCCAUUGCUCCUUCCCGCUAACAACGUUGAUAGUCGAUAUUCCCGCAGCUAUGCGUCCAGGCAAUCCCAGCGCAAGCAGCAGCAAGCUCUGCUCCCGCUCAACAUUGGCGCCUCUCGCAGCGUCGACGCAAGUCCCCCCGCCUACCCUGGUGGAAGCGGUGCAGUCCCCAGUCCAAUUUCGGCCGUGUCCCUCACCGCCGGCCCCGUUCAGCCUGCGGGCACGGUGAAUCCUGCGAACCCACGAGAGAGCCCCACGGACCAAAUGCUGAUUGUACCUGGCUCGCGGUCGAAGCACUCGUCUUUGCUCGACUCGCCUGCGCAGCUCGCGUACACCAUAAACGAACCCGCAGAGCGGGAGCGGCCGCUUUCGCACACCAGACAGCUGGGGUCGACCCCAGCGCAACUUCCGGACGAGUUUGGCUCGGUAGCUGCGGUCUCUGGCGACGAGAAGGCGGCAUUGCGGCGGCUCACUGUGAGUACUUUGGUCGUCCCUACGUGA